AUGGCGGGAAUCGUCGCGGAGCCCUUGGAUCCCCGCGACGGCUUCAACUGGAUCUUCCUCGUUGAACUGCUCAUAUGCGGUAUCCUGACCAUUUUCUUCCUCUUCUACUUCAACCGCCUGUUCGCGACUCUUGUCGCAUACGCCAUACGCGCAUACACAUGGCGUGCCUUCAAUGCCUACAUUGACAUCACCGCCCUCCAAGUCUCGUUGCUUGGCGGCCGCCUCUUCUUCAAAGACAUACGAUAUCACGGUCAUAAUGAGACGAUCCUGGUACAUGGCGGGUACAUUACCUGGAAUUACUGGCUGCGUCGCGUCAAAGAUGCUGGUGUCUAUACCGAUGAUGGCUCUGCACCUGGAAGUGACAGCGCCAGUCACUCUUCGAACACCUCCCGUACCAGAUCCGGCAGUGCCAGUGGCAACUUAGACAAGGCAGAAAAAGGAGGCAAGCAGACGCGGAAGGAGCUGCCAUGUCGCUUCUCAAUCAAAGUGUCGGGAAUCGAAGCUUUCUUGUACAACCGCAGCCCUGCCUACGACGGUAUCAUCGAAGCCGUGCAAAAGAAGGCCGAGAGCGAUGCCGCACAGCAAAAGACCCCCGAAGGUUCCGUUUCCGGAUCGGAACUGCCAGAAAAGAACGAACACCACCACCACUACCAUAACAAGCUGAAAAAGUCACAUACCCAAGCCGAAAAGAAAGUCCCACGCCAUGAUACAAGCCGUUCCACUACAUCUGGCCCCACCAAGCCCGACCUUCCCGCUUUCCUCAGGCUGCUCCCGGUCCAUGUCGACAUUGUCAAAGGCGCCAUCGUUGUCGGGAACGAGCACACGCUAGCUGUUAUGACUGCGCAGUUUGAAAAAGCAACCGGCACUCUCGAUGCAUCGACUAGCGGACCCCUGGAUGUGUAUCAGCAGCUGUUCAGUUUCCAAAUCACCCAUCCCGUGAUCCACAUGAAGCCUAACCCCGACUACAAGAUCGCACAGCUUGAUUCCGCCGUACAGUUCAAGCAAGAAGUUGCUGAGGGUUCCUCGGAAGGUAGCAUUAUUGAAAAGGAAGCCAGUCAUCGGAGGCAUUGGCGCUGGUUGAGGAUUCCAAGCCUCUUUCGUUUCUUUUCAAAAGAUAACGAUUCAAUCCAUACUCACACUAAAAAUAGCUCCGGUAACCACAACCCUCCUCUGAAUUCCCAGUGGACGUUUCCCGGGCGCGAGCGUUGGAAAGGACUGGCGCGCUAUCUUGACGAUACCACCAACGAUGGUCACGGCGAGUGGGAUGGCAUCGAGUAUGCAAAGACAUCCUUGAUCGCCGACUGCCCGUGUAUCAAUAUCUCCUUCUACUGGGACGUACCAGGCCCUGUGCCGAAUGGCAUGGACCACAGUAAGUAUGUGGACCCUGCGCGUCCAUACGACAUGAACGGAUGUGCUCCACCAGAUUAUGGCAUGGACAUACAGAUAUUUGGUGGCAUAAUCAACUAUGGUCCAUGGGCAGACCGACAUCGUGGUGUCUUCCAGUCCAUCUUCUUUCCCGCUUCACGCGUAGACGCUAUCCCUUCGACUCCCCUGAAGCCCGGAGACCUUCGUGUGCUCUCUGUUUUCAAACUCUAUCUCAGCAUCGAAGAGGAAACGGUACUGCGUAUUCCAAUUCGUGAAUCUUCAAAAGACUGGAAAUGGAAAGGCAAGGCUCAUACCUUGGCGGCACAUGAUAAGCUUGGGGAGAACAAGGGUAAAGCAAAGUCUCGAAUCAGGCGGGGAAAGCGUAGAGAUGCUACUAGGUCGCAGAAUGUUCGCCCCUUUGCAUGGAUCGACGUCAAGAUAGCUGAGAAAUCUACUGUCAACUAUGUUAUGGACAUGUACGCCUCCGAACACGGAUAUCAAAGCAAAGUAGACGUGGAUGUCCCAAGCACCGAGAUAUCGUCGAGCGUGAACCAUGGCCUCUUGUGGCGCUCUGGUGCACUUGCUGUUGAUUGCGACUUAUCCAACCCUCUAGGCUGGAACACCCUUCGAAAGUGGCUGUUCAAUAUCAAAUGUCAAGACUUGGAACUUUUCUUGCUCCGAGAUCACAUGUUUCUGAUUAUGGAUCUCGUUGCUGAUUGGGGAACUGGUCCGCCGCCCGACUAUUUCCUCUUUGUGCCCUUUCAGUAUCUACUCAAUGUCGACUUCACCAACUUUAAGAUAUAUCUCAACACGAAUGACUCCAACAUCAUCAACAAUCCAGCCGAUUUAGAAGACAAUAACUUUGUCAUCUUGUCCGGCAAGGGGCUGCAGGGCGAUGUCUUCAUACCACUCGACAAGUUUCGACCACUUCAGAAUGAGAUCAAAUUCGACGUCAAAGGCCAAAACCUAGGUCUCGAAAUCUUGAUGCCACCAAAGAACACGCUGCAGACAUUUGUGCAGUCACCAAAUGUGGCAUACCUUGGCGGCCUAACGUUAAGGGGUAGCCAUACCUUCAUGGCUGAAACGUCUCCGAUGAACACCGAUAGACUCUACAUGGACAUUCAAGGUCAUAGGCUUAACCUUGAACUUUACGGCUGGCUCAUACACCAUUUCAUAAAGAUCAAAGACAACUAUUUUGGCGAUGACAUGCACUUCAAGACACUGGAAGAGUUCCAGGGGCUCCCAGCCGCCAACAUCACUGCAGAAGGGGCAUCUCCGAAUGGUGAUGCAUCCAGCAUCUCAAACGACCUGGAUGUAAUCCUCUGUGUUUCUGCGGACAACGUCUGUGUACUACUACCCGCCAAUCUCUACUCCGCUGAGCGUGGCAUCCGAGCGGAUCUCCCAUAUGCUUCUGCUGAUCUAAGGUUUACAAACUACUACAUGGACUUGAUGGUAAAUUUUAGUCCAAUUAGUAUUGCUCUUGGGGGCUUGCUGCCAGACACUGAUGUACCCAACGAGUUUUCAAGUGGCCGGACUGAACUUUUCGUCGAUUCAACAGUCAUCUAUGGACACCGUCUAUUCGGAUUGCCACCACUUGAGCCAACCUACCUCUGCAACUGGGACUUUGACGUCGGUAGGAUUACCGGAGACUGCACGUCGGAGUUUCUCGAGGUGGCAGCAGGAGCGGCACGUUCGUUUGCCUUCACGCUCGACGAUGAUGAGAAUACGUUGCCUCUCACAGAAAUACCUAUCAUCCACGAUACUACCUUCCUCCGCCUCAGGACACAUGACAUUGGCAUCUGCAUACAAAUAGCAAAAGAGGCUAUUAUGUUGAAGACAAGACCUGUGUCUUUGAACUUCAAUGACCUUGCGGGAACUACUUUCUCCGAGCGUCUCCACGUUAUUGUGCCUGACCUGACCAUCAUCGCUGUUCCAUCAGAGGCUGCAUCACACCACCGAGUGCGGUCUAGAGACGGGGAAAAUGUUGUGCCUCAGGCUUACCUCCAGACUACACUCUCGCUUGACUUGUUAACGCGAAAGCUGGACUUUUCGGAAGAACGCGCACGCCAGCAGGCCCACCUAAGAAUGCACGACCAACGGACUCAGCGCACUGGCUUCAUUCUCUCCGGUGACCAGAGCUCUUUUCGUCUAGAGGAUAGUAUGAGAAACAAUCUGCGUCCACCUGCUAUGCAGUACCCCGACGUGCCUCAUCCCAUCUUCCUUUAUGGGCCGCCGAGUGGCCAAGAUGGUUCGUUUACAUCUUCCAGCUUGUCUUCAGUUCGUUCGUCUACUACAGGGCGAAGGUUACGUCAAAAGAGCAAGCAAUCUUCAUCAGCCUCAUCCUUUGCUGACAGUAUUCGAUCUACUCUUCGUCGUAAACCAGGUGAUAGAGCCAAAGGCUUUAACGAAAGCGGGGCCCUGCUUGAAGCUUCACCAAAAUACUCAAAUUACGAACGUCACUCCCAUGUGCUACCUGAAACCGGCGACAGCCAGGACCAGGGUUGGGUUCCCUCAUCUAUUGCAUUCUCUAGCAAUUUGGCUGCCCCUUGCUUUGUUUUUGAGCAAUUAACCCCAGAUCUUUCCGAAGUGCCACUAUUCCCUGCAAUGCCUGCUAUUCAACAACAAAAGAGCAUGAACGACGUUGUGUUUGAUGACGUGGCAGCUAAGCGUUUCGAUGAGAGUUUCACGCACACCAGUAUACUGAUCAGUGCCCAGCCAGGUAUACGGGGGUAUUGCACGCCCAAUUUCAUUACCUGUGUUGCAGAAUUGAUUGAGCUGCUUCAGCCUAGGCGACCUGAGGAUCUACUAGAUGACUUCCAACACAGUGUCAUGAGUAAGAUUCUUCAAAACCGAAAUCGACUAGAGGGGAAAGGCAGCUCACUCGAGUUCAAUAUUCGCAUACCGUUCACCCACGUCAGGUUCCAGCACAGCUUCCAAUCCCAUUCUGUUCAAGAGACGGGUCAGAACCAGUACGAUGUUGUUCUCAAUCGACUUGGCCUUACGGCAAGACUCAAGAAAUUUCCGGGAGAGCGAGCUGGAGAAGACACCAUGGCGCUGCACUCAACGCUGGGAUCUCUUGGUCUUUCUGUGGCUGAGCGCGCUCUCGGCACUGCUACUGGAGACGUUGCAAUCCAGGCUGAGAUGAGAGAGGUCUUGUUCUGGAUGUUUCAAGGCAGAACGACAUCGUUAAACGUGUCUUUUCGGACCUUUGAAAAUGCAAUGGCGAGCAAGAAGGUGGACUAUUUGGCAGCACUUAUUCAUCGUACGGCACUCAUGACUGAGAUGACAAUUCAUCAGUUCGCUGAAGUCGAUCAAAGAUAUCAGCAGCGAUUGCGCUAUCUCGCCUGGCACCUCAGCUGUGCACAAGAUCAGUAUGCGGAUCCAGCAUUUCUCACCAAAGCGUCGUACGCUCUACGCGCAACAAGGGACCAUCUACGCAGUCAUGACUCAUGGAAGAUUAUUUCCAGGUUUCGCUAUACAUGGCAGUGUCUGCCACAAGCCGAAAAGGGCAUUCUCCUAAGCGAUUGCUCCCGCCCAGAUGUGACAUCUCCAGAAGAUGCUGAGCAACAAAUUAUUGCAAUGUUGGACCAGUGGCGGACAUGGGAUCUCGCACACGUGAAGAAAAGUCUGGCAAUUCGAUUCCUCUUUGGAUAUCUGGAAAAUAAAUUGCCAACGCCAGAAUCAGCGCCUUUGUACAUUGAUAUCAAGUCUGCUGAGAUCAAGCUGACAGUCGAUCCUGGUCCACGGCAAAGCGAGAUCUCGCUGGGGCUUUUGGCAAUCAAUGUUGCGUUAUUGCCUCCUACCCAGCCCAAUGGACUUAUGCUGGUCGACUCCGAGGAUGUUCCAAGAAAGACUACAAUUGUUCAAAUAAGCUCAAGAAAAACCGCAUUCCAUAUCCGGUGGGAAAUUUGUGAGCUUGCCGAAUCCUUGCUAAAGCUUUUUCAAAAGGAGAAUAUCAAAGCAAUCGAGCAGGCCAAAUCAACACCUACCGAUAAACUCCCAGGACUAGCUACCACGUCCGAUCAUGAUCUGCAGGUGGUAUUCGCGGCCGACAAGUUUCAAAUCACUCUAGACACCUUCAACCUCAAGAGUAUCAAUACUGCUCAGAAUAUGCGCUUCUCUUUUCUCGAUGCGGAUAGUAGGGCAUCGAAACUGGGUGAAACCUUGUCUGCUCAUCUGCAUGUUGACGUAGCUGUGAGUGAGCUCAUCUCGCGCUCACGUCUAGUUGCCAAAACUCAGUCCGAACGACCGAGUAUAGAUUUCGCAAUGACAGAGCAGAGCAGCGCGGAGAGGUUACCCAACGAGAUCAAGGUAGCAGGAACAAGCCACAGAAUUACUGUAAAGGUACAAGAUGAUGUACUCGGCCUAAUCGAACUCGCAGAUAGGGUGCUCAAAGAUGAGGUGGCAUAUUUCCAUCGUCAGUCUGCAGCACUACAAGAGAUUGCAAAAGCAGAUCAAAAACUCGAAACGCCCAAAGAAGAUACCUCACAGCUUCCAAACAUCUCUCUAGCGCUGUUCAUGGACUCAUACCAAAUUGAGCUUGCUAUAUUGCAGCCUUGCGGCUGGUCGAUUACGGGUUCGUCUGGACGCAUUGCCGUUGUUCCAGCUCUCGGGAAGCGCAUCACACUACAGGUUGAUUACGAUCUCGAAGCCAGUCUUCACAGGCUAUACAGCACAUCAAAGGAGGGUUCUCACGUUAUCAGUUCAGUCGAGCUGCCACCACUCAAUGGAAGAUUGACUAUCAAACAAAAUGAAACUCAGACAAGAAUUGUUGCAUCGGGCAUUGUCGAAAAGGUACACGUUCAAGCUUCAGAGAUUCAGAGCCUGAUAUCUACUAUCAACAAACCUGAGAUGGCACAAAUGUUCAAGGCAGUCCAGGACGAUAUCGGAGUUUUGAAGACUCACAUUGGAGAAAUGUUUCCGGCUUCUGCAAAAUCACCAGUUCCGCAACCUCCAACCUCUUCUCGAGACACCUUGUUCACUGUGAAGAUGACAUUCCAUGGAAUGCACAUAGCUGCAAGUGCUCCAGGUCAAGGCAAAGAUUCACCAACGGCAAAUCUUGCGUUCAGGCUUUCGACCGUACAACUCAACGCUACGAACAUCGAUGUAGAUCAAAGCAUUAUGCUCUAUCCCGAGGCAGUCGUGCGAAUUCACGAGGUCACUGUCGAUCUCAGUUUGAAGGAUCCCAACUCGGUUCGCCGCUGCGGCAACCUGACCUUCAGCGCAGUCUUCCAAGCCACAACCGAACAGGAAUCCGAGCCUACGCGUAGGGUUUACCGUUUGCGAAGCUCGGGUCUGGAAGUGAAUGCAUUCGCGGACACCGCAUCUGCUGUUGUGGAUGUCGUGAAUCAUCUCCAGGACCGAAUCAAGGAUCUGGAUCUCUCCAAAGAAAAGAGGUAUCUGCGACGCCUUCGACAUACUAAGAGUAGAAUCUCUCAGCGACGCGACCGUAGCCUCAAACAGCAUGCAGAACAAGACGCUGAGAGUGACUCUUCUGGGGCCCUCUUUUCGUCCACAUACUCUUUGGAACUUCUCGACCUACAAGUCAGCUGGAUCGUCGGUAAUUCAGUCGCCCCUUUCCCACAGAACGAGAUUCAGGAUCUUGUGCUCUCCUUUGGAAGAAUCGAUUUGUCGACGCAGAAAGACGAUGCAGCACGGUUGAUGAUCGAAGACAUGCGGCUCCAGAUGGUACCAGUAUCGGCAAACAAGAAGGACCGCUCACUGAACUCAGCAUUGCUACCCAAAAUGGUCUUCAAUGUUGCAUAUGCUUCUACAAAGGAUACACGUAAACUCGCAUUCUUUGCUGCCGGAAAGUCUCUUGAUCUCCAGCUGGACUCGCAUUUCGUGUUGCCUGGGAACAUCAUCGAACAAUCAAUUUCUCUUGCCGGGAAAAAGUUCCGUGAGGCCUCUGCAAACUGGAGCAUGACCCCUACGACGACUGGUGCACAAAGAAAGAAUCCUUUUGGCAACAAACGUCUGGCUUCAUUGACAGCUGACGUCAACUUUGCUGGAGCUGUAGUUCAUAUCCACGGUAGCGAUGCAGCGCCAGCCCAAGGCUCCUCUGGUAGAGCUCAACAGAAGGGAAGGUACAGCCAAUUUGUGGGUGACGAGUCAAAAAGCAGCAUGGCUUUGCGUGCGCCUGGCGUGGCGGUCCGGAUUGAGUACAUGGACGAUGGCAGUGAUCCCUCUUUGAAUGCUGAGCUUCGUGUUGACGGAUCCACCAACACGCUGCUCCCCACUGUGGUGCCUAUCAUUAUUGAUAUCUCCGAUAGCAUCAAGGCAGUAGUCCGUGAAAAGGAUGACAAAGGAACAUCUGAUUCGCCUAAACAGCCCGAACAACCACAAGGACAAUCUAAGCCAGCUGCGAAACUUCUCGAGGACGAGAACAUCAUCACAGCCGACCCUGCCACGCUACUGGGCAGAACGAGGCUGAAUCUCGGACUUCGGAUAUGCAAGCAAGAGUUCAGUCUUAGUUGCCAGCCCAUCGCUCGCGUCGCAGCAAUUGCCAAGGUAGAAGACAUUUACAUCACAGUCAACAGCGUCAAGUCUCAAGAGCAUGGCCAUUUCUUCGCUGCAUCCGCCAUGUUUGAGAAGCUUCAAACUACUGUUCAACACGUCUACUCUCGCGAAUCUACCUUCAGCCUCGACAUGGAAUCUAUUGUUCUCUCGCUCGUGAAUAGUAAACAUCUCAACGGCACUAGUGGUAUUUCUGCUAUCCUUAAAAUCAACCCGACCGCUCUUCAGAUCAAUGCACGUCAACUGCAGGACUUUUUGCUGUUCCGAGAGAUCUGGAUACCCCCAGAAAUCAGACGAGCAUCCAAGCCAACACCAGAAAAUGUCAAUUCCGAGCCACAAGAGUACCUCAUACAACGCUAUCAGCAAGUCGCUGCGGCUACGGCCUUUCCAUGGAACGCCAACGUAGCCAUUGCAGACGUCAAGGUCGAUCUAGACCUAGGUCAAUCCAUUGGAAAGUCAUGGCUGCAUAUCCACAACCUGUGGGCAUCUUCCAAGAAGACUACUACAGCAGAACAGAAUCUUUGCAUUGGUGUAGAGAAGAUUGGCGUCGAAAGUACCGGCCGUACAAGUGGCUUCAUUGAGUUGCAUGAUAUCAAAGUACGCACUUCUAUCGGAUGGCCACUGCAGGACCCAGGCACUCGUCAAACGCCGCUCAUCCAAGCUUCAGUAGCUUUUCGUCAAUUGCGUGUCAAGACAGGUUUCGACUUUCAGGCCUUUCUCAUGGCGGAUAUUGCCGAUUUUGGUUUCAUGAUGUACAAUGUCCGUCCAGAAGGUGAAGAUGUACAAGACCGACUGGUUGCCAUUCUCGAUGGUGGCAAAGUUCACGUGUUCUGCCAUGCAACAAGUGCUGCGCAAGGUCUAGCACUGUGGCAAGCAGUUGAGCGACUGAUUCAAGACAACCAACAAGCAUACAAGCAGUCUCUCAAGGAUAUCGAAAAGUUCCUUCGCCGCAAAUCAUCCAUAGCCGAACCAUUCGAUCGUUCGCCAUCUCAGAGCCAGAUUCUCACGAAAUCUGACAAAGACAGCUUCAAGGCACCAAUUUCACUACACACGGAUGUGGUGCUGACGCUCCGCUCAAUACGCUUUGGUGUCUUCCCUUCAACCUUUAUAGAUAAUCAGGUCCUAAUGCUUGAAGCCGGCGACAUGCAAGCCCGUUUCGCCGUUGCGCUCGAAAAGAAAAACAAGAUACAUUCCAGCCUAGGCAUGACCCUAGGCCAGCUCUCCGUAGCCCUCUCCUCUGUACCAACACCCAAGAAAAGCAAGCCCGUCACCGAACUCGACGUCGAAGACGUCUCCACAAGCGUCAGCUCCGCCCGCGGCGGCACCAUUCUCCGAGUCCCCAAAGUCAUCGCAACAAUGCACACCUGGCAAGUCCCCAAAAGUACGCACAUCGACUACCUCUUCCGCAGCUUCCUCGAAGGCAAAGUCGACGUUGGCUGGAACUACUCGCGCAUCUCCUAUAUUCGCACCAUGUGGUCCAACCACUCACGCACCCUCGCCUCACGCCUCGGCAAACCCCUCCCAGAAUCAAACAUCAAAAUCAGUACAUCACAGACCCUGCAGGACGCCUCCUCUGAUAACGCUGACUGCGGCGCCUCGACCGCCGACAAAACAGCUAUGCCCUCGGGCCGUCCGCGUGCCCCCUCCACAUCGUCUGACAACCAAGAAAAGAUCACAGCGGUAGUCAAUGUUCCGCAGUCGAAAUACGAAUAUACGCCCCUGGAGCCACCGUUGAUCGAGACACCGCAGUUGAGAGACAUGGGUGAGGCGACGCCGCCGCUGGAGUGGAUCGGGUUGCAUAGGGAUCGCUUGCCGAAUGUUACGCAUCAGAUUGUUAUUGUGACGUUGCUUGAGGUGGCGAGGGAGGUGGAGGAGGCGUAUGAGAGGAUUUUGGGAAGUAGUUAG